GCCUUCGCGAGCAAACACCUGCCACGGUUUGGCCAAGUCGACUCAAGCCGGCCCUCAGAACUAUCUCAUCGCUGCAAAUUGCACAAAAUGGGUUCAAUUGCCAAUGGAGAUCCUCUUCCCCCGAAGCCGAUCAACCUCGCCGUAAUCGGUGGUGGUCUCGCUGGACUCGCGCUCACCCUCGGUCUCCUCCCGCAUUCCCAACAUAUCAAAACCACCAUCUACGAGUCCGCACCCGCUUUCGCUGAGAUCGGCGUCGGUGUUGCGUUCGGUCCCAAUGCCGUACGGGCAAUGGGCAUGAUCUCGCCCGCAAUCCUUAAAGGUUUCAAGAAACACGUGACGGGAAACUCACCUGAUUAUCCGGCGUUGGAGGAUGUGUGGGCGAGCUUCAGGUAUGGGAUGGACAGCAAGACUGAGACAGAGAGUGGCAAAGGAAAGAAGUAUGGUGAUUUGAUUUGUCAUCUUCGGGGAACGGAAAAGGGGCUGGGGGAGAUGCUCGAGAGGGAGGGGAUUAGUACGAGGAGUUGUAUUCAUCGGGCGCGGUUUCUAGAUGAGCUUGUUCAAUUGGUUCCUGAAGGUACGGCUCAAUUUGGAAAGAGGUUGGUGGAGAUUGAGGAAUUGGAGGAGGGAGGGGUGAAAUUGAGGUUUGCGGAUGGAGAGACGGUGGUCGCGGAUGGUGUGGUGGGAUGCGAUGGUAUCAAGAGCAUGACGAGAGAGAUGGUCUUUGGAGAAGAGGGCAAGAAGGCAAGGCCGCAGUUCACAGGCGAGUAUGCCUAUCGGGCUCUUGUUCCUGAAGCCGUUGCGGUCGAGACACUAGGAGAUGAGUUGGCGAAGAACUGCCAACUGUAUAUUGGAUACAGAGGAUACAUCAUGUCGUACCCGGUAGAGCAUGGGAAAUUCAUCAACAUUGCCGCGGUUAUACAGAAGGACAAUUUAGAAUGGGACGACGACAAUUGGAUCAUUGCGUCAACCAAGGAGGAUAUGGUGAACGACUUUGAGGGGUGGGGAAGUAAUAUCAUUGAACUGAUAAGCAGGUUUGAGACGAAAGACAAAUGGGGUUUCUAUGACUUGCUGCACGAACAGAAGUAUUACCGAGGGAAUGUGUGUCUUUUGGGUGACAGUGCUCAUGCGAGUACGCCAAACUUGGGUGCUGGAGCGGGGAUGGCAUUCGAGGAUGCGUAUGUUUUGAGCAAUCUGUUGGGAGCUGCGAGGGAUGCCCAAGAGCUGGAGAAGGUAUUCAAGUGCUUCAAUGAAGUAAGACGCGAAAGGACGCAGGACGUCAUCAAGGCCAGCAGGAAGGCAGGAAAGGUGAAUUCAUUUCUUGGUGAAGGAAUUGGGGACGACUUUGACAAGCUCAGACCUGAUAUCGAAGCUCGGUAUCGAUGGGUUUGGGACUUUGACUUGGAAGCUACGCUGGUAGAAGCAAAGAAGAUGUAGCUCCUACCUCGAGAUAGCCGUGUUUGUGCAGGAAUUUAUCCGUUAGCUUCCGAUCUGAAGUAUAUUCGGGAAAUAUUUUCAAAGUUUGAG